AUGGAUAUCCAAUCAAUUACCGAACGAGAGCCUACGCCAAGAUCCUCGGCAGUUGGUGGCCCUGGGCCCUGGGAUCGCAACGGGUCUUCCAGAAUGAGCCCUAUCAACUCCGAACGAGAUCAUUUUUAUGAAGAGAACGGACGCACAUACCAUGGCUUCCGUAAUGGAGUUUACUUUCUUCCAUGCGACGAGCAAGAACAGGAUCGUCUCGACAUUUUCCACAAGCUCUUUACGGUGGCGCGGGUAUCGGAGAGCCUGAUCUACGCACCCCAUCCUGCCAACGGCCGAUUCCUAGACCUAGGAUGUGGAACUGGUAUCUGGGCGAUCGAGGUAGCGAACAAGUAUCCCGAUGCGUUUGUUGCUGGCGUGGAUCUGGCUCCCAUACAACCGCCCAAUCACCCGAAGAACUGCGAGUUCUACGCGCCCUUCGACUUCGAGGGACCUUGGGCUAUGGGAGAGGACUCUUGGGACUUGAUCCACCUGCAGAUGGGCUGCGGCAGUGUCUUACGCUGGCCAAACCUAUACCGGAGGAUUUUCGCACAUCUUCGUCCGGGUGCUUGGCUUGAGCAGGUGGAAAUCGAUUUCGAGCCGAGAUGUGAUGAUCGGUCGCUGGAUGGGAUGGCACUGCGACACUGGUACACAUGGCUCAAGAAAGCUACAGCGGAUAGGAUGCGGCCAAUUGCUCAUAGCUCACGAGAGACGAUAAGGGACCUACAAGAGGCCGGCUUUACGGACAUCGACCAUCAAAUAGUGGGGCUUCCCCUUAACCCGUGGCAUCAGGAUGAACACGAGAAGAAAGUGGCGCGCUGGUAUAAUCUAGCCAUCUCGGAGAGCAUCGAGAACUUUAGUCUGGCGCCUUUCAGCCGUGCGCUUGGGUGGCCGGUUGAGAGAAUUCAGCAACUUGCCGCGGACGUGAAGUCGGAAGCAUUCAACAAAGAGAUUCAUGCCUACAAUAUUCUGCAUAUAUACCAGGCUCGAAAGCCGUUGAGAUAG